ACAUGCAGCACACGUGCAGCCGGCGGAGGGUUUAGAGUGUUAGAACAGCAGCGAUACGGGAGAUAUCUUCAGCUGAUCUCUGAGAUGUUUCAGCCUGGACAAGCUCAGCCGUUUGUCUGCUGAUUGAGCCGGUUCAUGUGGAAGCAGGGAAGGACUGAGUUAGAAAAGCAGAGAAAGCAAAAUGCUGGGAUCAGGGCUGAGGUGAGAUGAAGAGGCUGGAUUAGAGAUCCAGAGGGAGGGUGGAAGAAGAAGAAGAAGAAGAGGGGAAAAGAGAGUGAGGUAGAGCAGAGAGAGGCCGGUGGGAGGGAGGAGAGCCGGCGAUCCAGCCCUCUGGGACAGCGUUGGGUGAGUUUGGGGGUGGACAGAGUGGCUUUGUAUGCAGAACAUCAGCGGACGGGAGGGACGCUGCCACUUGUUCUCUGUGAGUUUGUCUGUCGUGAAACCAGGCCUACCUCUGAUCCACCUCAACACUCUCCUCCAUCCUUCUCAGCUGUGAUGUGGAACUUGUGGGAUUAAACUUAAUGACGGCGAUGGAGUGGAUCCAGGACAGAAGAGACUCCUGAGAUCUGCAGCUCCAUCCUCUCUCUCUCUCUCUCUCUCUCUGAACUCCAUCGUGUCGUCUUGCGUUUUGGCUCAUGUUGGUGUUGAGCGAUGCGGAUCUGAGCAAACCGAGCGCCUCGAUGCCCGCCGCUAUGCUGCCGUGCCCAGCGCCGGCCGGGUCCGACUGGAGCUUCCAGAACCCGGUGGGGGUUGACUGCAGCUCCCCCGAGCCUCGCUGCAUUUGGCUGGCGGUUCUCCGAGGAACCACCGGCCCGAUGCCACCCCCCAUGCCACCCACCAUGCCCUCUGCACCGCCCAGGACUAAGGGGCGGAGGGAUGGUCUCUCCUCUGCCGGUGACAACCCUCGGCCGCCGAUGGCGACCCGGCCGGGAAGAGAGGGGGUCGGCGUGGGCUGGAAGGGUCCGCGGACGCUGGUCCUCCGUAAGAACUCCCAGGGCUUCGGCUUCACGCUGCGCCAUUUCAUUGUUUACCCUCCAGAGUCCGCCCUGCACACCAACCUCAAGGAUGAGGAGAACGGUAAUGGAAAGGGGUAUCAAAAAGGCCGGAUGGAGCCGAUGGACACCAUAUUCGUGAAGAAUGUGAGAGAGAAAGGCCCGGCCCACCAGGCGGGCUUGUGCACAGGUAAUAAGGGGCAACAUGGGAUCAGGCUGGUGAAAGUGAACGGAGAGAGCAUACUAGGGAAGACAUACUCGCAGGUGAUCCCCCUCAUUCAGAACAGUGAGAGUGUGCUGGAGCUCUCCAUUAUGCCAAAAGAUGAAGACGUGCUUCAGUUGGCGUACUCCCAGGAUGCCUACCUGACGGGUAACGAACCGUACGCCGGGGGAGCUGAGAACCUCCCGCCACCGCCUCCCCUCUGCUACCCGCGAUCCAAGACCACGCCCCUCGCUGGAGCCCCGCUGUCUGCCCCAAUGGGCCAGAACCAGCUGGAUAACUGGAGUCGCUGGCCAGGCUCUUCAAGCCCUUCUUCCCCGUUGGACAACCGCUCUGCUGUCGGCAGCCCCGCCAGCUGGCAGGAGGGGCGGGCGGGCGAACCCGGCGGAGUCGGUCACAGCAGCCCGGCUCACCGCACAGAGGAGAUCCAGUACGGUAUGACCAGCCAGCAGCCUCAAGGCCAGACCAGGGGGCGCUCCUACUCAUCGUCUUCUUCAUCAGGAGGCCUCCUGUCCAGUCCACUACAAGUCCACUACCCCAACCACCAUGGUGCCGGAUCUUCACAAGCUCAGCCACGGAAGUCCAGCUCAGCCUGGACCAGUCCCCCCUGCCCCAGGAGGUCCCCAGCGCUAUCUCUCAGACUGCCGGAGCGCUCAGGACGCAGCAUGCAAACCCGACACCGCAGCUACUCUCAAGACCGACUCAGCGAAUCCAGGAGGCAGCAGCAGCGGUCGGGUGCUUGGCCUCACAGCGCCUCCCAGGACACUCUGCUGUUACUGCAGCAGUCUGGACCAGGACCCCAUGGCGAGCCUUACUGGUCGUAUGGAGACUGGGGGGGUCCAGGUCGGGGCCAACAGUCUUCUAACUACACUCGGACACGCUCUGAGAAUUUGCUCGCCCAGUACGAUCGCCACGGCCGCUCCUUGGAAAUGUUGGACCGAGCAACGACGGGAUUAGUCUCACCUCGGUUUGAGAGGCCUUCGUGGCUCCAACAGGCUCCCCAGCCGCCCCCCAGGACUGACGCCUACCCGAGGCAGGGGAGCCACUUCGGUGCAACACAAGCCCCUCCAGUGUCGCGACCGUCUCAUCCUAAACACCACCCUCAGACCCAGAACCAGCCCCAACAGGCGACCCCUCAGAGCAGGCGGCUUCCUCCGGGGCAGAGUGUGGACGACCAGCCGGUGGGAUACCGCAGCUACAGCCCCUCGUUCUACCGCAAAACGGGCCGCAUCAUGCAGCAGGCCCACUCUUUCAGGGACCCUUCGUACUCUGGCCCUCACUUGAACUGGAAUCCGACACCCGUCACCACCUCCACUGCAUCGCCCCUCACCUCCGCUGGCCCCGAGUCCCAGGACAGAGCGUACCGGCCCACCAACCACGAGAGGGAACGAGGGGCAGUGGAGACGGAGUUGGCGGCACAGACCCAGGAGGUGGUGAUGAGGCAAAAACCCCCCGGGCGGAGGAACGCCCACGGCAUGCGACACCCCCACUACGCCCUGCCUAUGGACGGGCUGGAACCUUCUUUGUCUCCAGAACCCAAAGACUCGACGCCCGGUUCCACGGGAGACGUCGCCCCACACAAACCAAACGGCAACCUCGCCCCCCUCCCCGUAGAGGACGACUCUCUGGCCUCAAUCCCCUUCAUAGACGAGCCGACCAGCCCCGGCGCUGACUUGCGUGCCCGCCACGUGCCGGCGUCCUCGGUGGUGUCCAGCGGCAUGAGUUCGGCGCCCGCCGUGGUCGCCAGCCCCGUCCCCACCUUCACCUUCCCCCUCACUAGGCUCUUCUCACACGACUGCAGCAGUAUUAAAUCCAGUCGCCGUUCCUCCUAUCUUCUAGCCAUCACCACCGAGCGGUCAAAGUCGUGCGACGAAGGACUCAACACGUUCAGGGAGGAAGGACGAGUCCUGAGGCUACCAAAAAGAGUGAAGAGUUUCUUCACAGAUGGGUCUCUGGACAACCUUGGCACAGCAGAGGAGGUUCGCUCCAAACGUCACUCCACAUCAGAGCUGGGAAACAUCACCUACAGCGACGUCCGGCGAGAAGGAUGGUUGCACUUCAAACAAAUCCUCACUGAGAAGGGAAAGAAGGUGGGAAGCGGCAUGCGUCCGUGGAAGCGAGUCUUCUCCAUUCUCCGCUCCCAUUCGCUGUUCCUCUACAAGGACAAGAGGGAGGCGGUGCUCCGUGGAGCGACGAUCGGCGGUUCGGCCGAGGAUGAGCAGCCAAUCAGCAUCCGGGGCUGCCUGGUGGACAUCGCAUACAGCGAGACAAAGAGGAAGAACGCCCUGCGGCUGACCACCCAGGACUUCUGCGAGUACCUGCUGCAGGCGGAGGACCGGGAGGACAUGCUGGACUGGAUAAAGGUCAUCAGGGAGAACAGCAAGACGGACAGCGAGGAGCUCGGCUUUUCCAGACAGGCCCUCAUCAAUAAGAAGCUAAAUGAUUACAGAAAACAAAGUCCAACGUCCAGUAAACCAGACUCGUCUCCCAGGAUGCCCCGAAUGAAGCCUCAAUUCCUGCUCAACAAGACGGAGAACGCAGCCGGAGCACCGCGAUCCCCGAAACCAGAUGGCAAAGAUGAGAGCAGCCCUCCAAAGUCUCCAUGGGGAAUCAACAUCAUGAAGAAGACAAAGAAGGCCGGGCCCAAAGCUUUCGGUGUGCGAUUAGAGGAAUGUCAGCCUGGCGCAAAUAACAAGUUCAUCCCGAUGAUCGUGGAGAUCUGCUGUGGCCUGGUGGAGGAGAUGGGUCUGGAAUACACCGGAAUCUACCGAGUCCCCGGGAAUAACGCCAUGGUGUCGCUGCUUCAGGAACAGCUCAACAAGGGCAUCGACAUCAACCCUGCAGAGGAGAAGUGGCAGGACCUCAACGUUGUCAGCAGUUUACUCAAAUCAUUCUUCAGGAAACUCCCAGAACCACUUUUCACCAACGACAAGUACAAUGACUUCAUUGAUGCAAAUCGGAUGGAAAAUGCAUCAGACAGACUAAAGACCAUGAAGAAGCUGAUCCGAGACCUUCCGGAUCAUUAUUACCACACGCUCAAGUUCCUGGUGGGUCACCUGAAGACUGUAGCCGACCACUCAGAUAAAAACAAGAUGGAGCCUCGUAACUUGGCUCUGGUGUUUGGACCGACGCUGGUUCGGACGUCCGAGGACAACAUGAAAGAUAUGGUCACGCACAUGCCAGACCGCUACAAGAUAGUGGAGACGCUCAUCCAACAUUGCACCUGGUUCUUCACUGAAGAGCUGGACAAGGAUGAGAAGACGCCGGUGGACACGGAGGAUGUCCAACCAGCACCAAACAUCGACCACCUGCUGUCCAACAUCGGCAGGACCGCUCUGCUCGGGGAGGCCUCAGACUCAACCAACAGUGACUCAGCUAAAUCAAAGGGUUCGUGGGGGUCGAAGAAGGACCUGACGGCCAAGGACUUCCUGACUCUGUCCAUCAUGUCGGCUGUUACAGGCCGUAAACGCAGGAAGCGCCACAACGCCCGCCGUGUGGGCAGCAGCACUGACGACGACUCCGAGCACGAGCCAAUCAAAGCUGGGCAUCUGGGGGCGGAGGAGGAAGAGGAGGCGGAGUCCCCGGUAGGAGACACCGCCCCUCGAGCCGAGGGAGAGGAGGAGGACGAGGAGGAGGAUGACGAGGAAGUUGUAGAGAGUGGAGUGAAAGCGGAGGUCGAAGCGGAGGAGGAGGUGGCGGCAGUUAUUCCCAGUCAGCCACACUGCAAGGAGGAAGAGGAGGGACGAGGAAGGCUACACGAGGAGGAGGUGCAGGCAGAGGUGAAGGGUCCGAGGUGGCGAGCUCCAGAGGACGCUCGCUCCAUCGUUUCCGGCUACUCCACGCUUUCCACUUUAGGGCGGAGCUUAGGGUCGGAGGGCAGGGGCGACGACGCUGAUGACGAGCACAGCGAGCUGGUGAGCGAGACAGACAAUGAGAGCGGCUUUGCCUCGCGCUCCCUCACCCAGGAGAGGCCCGACAAACACCCAGCGUCACCCACGAACACCCAACCGGCAGCAGCACCUCGCAGCUUCCUCUACUCCCACUACAAACCCCCUGUGCUGUCACCCACCAACCUUCUCGCCCCACCCACCCAGCUCACCCCGGACUCUGCGGAGAGGAACGAAGGAGGCGCUCGCUCCACCACGCCUUCAUCCUCCUCCUUUUCCUCCUCCUCCACCACCCACAAACUGCACUCCCGGCCUUCCUUCAACUCCCACAAGCUGAUCCAGUGCGACACUCUGGCCAGGAAGAAGCUGAAGUCGGAGAAGGCCAAGGCUCGUUCCCUGGACCUGCUGGAGCUCCCUAGUGCCGAGGGGACCGGCUCCGGGUCGGAAGGUGCCCCCAGACCGAGGAGCUCCAGGACCAACCCUUCCUCAGGUAGCAGCCAGGAGAGCCUACGCUCGGCCCGACCCAAACCGGCCCUGCCACCUAGCGAGGCCGCCUCCUUCACCCCAACCGGUCCAGGCGGCAGAUCUCUGGCCGAGCAUGUUCGCGCUCGACUGCUAGGUUCAGCAGACGACUUGCGCAGCGUUGGACUGAGGAAACCGCUGUCACCUGAGACUCGCAGGAAGAGACGGGCCUGGCGAAGGCACACCGUGGUGGCCUCCCCAACUGAGACGUCCGACAAGAGACCCCCGCUGAAUGUCAAUGAGUUCCCCUUGUCUCCUAUCAGUCAAAACCAGGUCAAAACACAAGGGCUGCCUCGGGAUGCAGACGGACUCGAACAAGGACCCGCUACACGUCAAGCACCCACCUCUAGAUUCCACCAGUACCUGUAGCCCUGCCAGCUGACCCCAACCACCACUCCCAGGAGAGGGGCUGAUCCUGAGGGGGGUCCAGCCAAGCUGCUGACUCCCUGCAGGUCAGUCGCUUCACAAAGGUGGACAGGUCAAAUAAAACAAAUCUUUUCUUUCCUGAUGAGCUCCGUUUGCAUGGCAAAGGGCAUUCCAGUGUUGCCAAAGCUUUUGUUUUCCUUUUGCUAUACGUGUGCUUUUAUAGAUAUGACACAGAGACACAAACAGACCUCAUUACAGUCCACGUUACAGCCAAGAAUUCUCACGUGAGUAAUAAGCGAGCAUCCUUCCCGCCGUCUCUUCCUUCCCGUCUGGCUCACGGAUGACAUAAAUUCAAGGGUUAAUCCCGUCAAGUGACUGGAGGAGGAGCUGCAGCCUCCCUCUGGUUCUUGAGCAAAUGGUGCUUCUUGUCAAAUUUCAGAAUGUUCCUCAACCACCUUCAGUGAGCCACGAGUGACAGACACACAUUUAUUCGGUCAUUUCAAAGGGGAAAUCAGCUGAUUUUUCAUAUCAGUCUUAUUAACGUGCCCCUCCUCUGACCACAGACACUGUAAAACUCCGAUAUUUGGCCACAAACACAUAACACAGUCGUCUUCUCUGUACUUGUUAAUAAUCUUUGUGUGUUUGCGCAACAAUAUUCGUGAUCAUGUCAGAGUGUGCAAGUGUUUGUCUUGAGCAAUUUUUUGUAACAUUUGUACAAAGCCUUGUUAAGUUAACCUUGUAAAUAUAAAAAUAAUAUGUUAUAUUUGUUUUUACUUUUUUAGUUCCUUUUUUUUUAACGGUUUACAAAAAGUGCGUACAAGUGCACAGUCGUUUCUUUCAAGAUGUUACUUGAAAUGUCUCCCUUAAUAUAUUCAUUUUUUGUUUUAUAUUCAAUAUAUAUAUAUAUAAAUAUAUUAUAUAUAUUUUGUAUUAAAGUUAAAAAAAAAAACUUUUAUUGUGAUUUCACCUCUUGGGCGUACCUGUUCAAAGGAGACGAGAUAAACAUGUCUGAACCUGUUCCUUAUUUCCUCAUAGAUGGCCUUUCUCUUUGAUUCACAGCACUGUGCAGAAAACCUUUAUCUCAUGAGAUACGAUUAUUUUGGUGAGGAUACUUUCAAUAAAGUUUGCACCAACAAGUGCAUAAAAUGAUCUACAUGUAGCAAGUUGUGAAAUGUAAUCUGGUAAUGAUUAGAUUCUAUUGGAGAGUUUGCAGGCAGCUCCGCGCGCCGUGACGGCUGACCUCCUCAUUUGUUUUGUUUUCCAUGUCUGGGAUUACCGAGCAUCGCCUCCGCAGAUCUGCUCGUAUUUGCUGAGCUCAAUGCAAAGUGUGUUCCCUCUUGUAACGGAGCCCGGCAGUGUUUAACAGACCGCUAAAGCACGGCGCACAAACAUUUUCACCUCUGCCGUUUGGGAUCUCCGUAUUUUCAGCACGUACCCUCUGGAGGGUUCAUCUGUCAGCACAUUUAUUACCUUGGGGUUACAUGAUGUGGGGAGUUUUCCAUAAGGUCAGGCUCUAGUAAAUGCUCCCUGACUGGGGGGGGAACGGUACAUAGGAGGAAAUGAAAACAGAAUGUCGUGAAUCCAUUGUUUGGCUCUCGUCUCGACCAACUCGCCGUCACAACAUAACACAAACAGGAGGUGCUACCCCAGAGAUCAGCAGUGACUCGCUUGUUUCCAUUGACCAAAUAACCCGGCGACAAAAGAGUAAUGAUAAUAAUGAAUAAGUUCUAGUCUUGUCUUACCUCAAGAUUUUUUGCUACAAGUGCCUGAUUUCUGGAAUGUGUUUUUGUUCUGCGGUGCCAUGCUCAGUUCUUAUCUUUCCGUUUCCUUUUGUUAUUUCUGGGUCUCCUCCCUCCUCUACUGUGGUUAACGGUAAGGCACUGACCCAAAGAUGUGUACAUUUAAAUACAACUGAGAGGCUGUAAAAUAAAAAGAAAAGCACACUUCAAGCCAAGGACACGUCUAUGCACUCUCUUUGCCUUCAACAGAGGCAUUAACGGCUAUUACUGUUGCUGCUAAGAGGGAAAAGGCGUUGUAUUCUCUCAGCUGCUUUUUUCUUAAACUGAGGUCAUCUCUCUCUUGCCUAGUAAUCCACCGUGUGUGAAUAAUGGUACACCUAACAAGCCCGACCCUGAAACCGCAUUAGGUCAUGCCAGACAACAUCCGAUUUCCUCAAGAUGAACAAAAAACCCAUCGAAAGGAAAACCUCAAGAGUUGGUGUCUGAAAUGUGAUUUUGCCUGUCUCAUAUUUUAAAAACCUUUUUUUGUACAUAUCUUAAUAUGUAACAUAAUGUAUUGUGUACAUUUGGAAUUGCUUUCGAGUAUAACUAAUAUGAAAAUGACUGGACUAAAAAAAAAAAAAAAAAAAAAAAAAAAAGGUUGUCCGCCUGAAAUCCUUUCCCCUCACGGCUGUGUGCUUUAAGGCAAGGUUAUAUGAUGUAAAUAAACAGAAAUGUUUAAAAGAA